CUUCUGGCUUCUGCACCACAGCUCCUCACCCUCCACCCCAGGCUUCCGGACUGGAGAGGCAGUGGGGAUAAAACGGGGCUGGAGAGUCUCGGAACCACUGGUCUGCAGAGCUCCAGCCCGGAUUGCCCUGGUACUCUGCUCUCCUCUUGGCACCUCCUCAACAUGAGCCUGAAAGUGGGCUCCCAGGCCUCCCGCCCCUGGCCCAGCUCCGGGCUGCUGCUCCUGGGACUGCUGCUCCUGCCAGCUGUGGUCGCCCAAGUCAUAGAAGACCCUGAAGAAGGAGAUGGGUUCCUGCAAUGCAUGUGUGUGAAGACCAUCUCCGGAGUCCAUCCCAAGCACAUCGCCAGCUUGGAGGUGAUCGCGGCUGGACGCCACUGCCCCACCUCCCAAAUGAUAGCCACAUUGAAGAAUGGACAGAAAAUUUGCCUGGACCCUCAUGCCCCCCUUUAUAAGAAAAUAGUGAAGAAACUUAUGAAAAGUAAACCACCAACUGACUAAAUCUGCACAUUUACUGCAUGAUAUGUUUUGCUUUGCUUUUUCAUUUUCAAUGUAACUAUGGAAAAUCUAUGUUUUAUCAUCCUUCAAAUUAUAAACAAAUAAAAUCAAUCAAGUUGUGAUAUUUCUUAAU